AUGGCAACAGAAUUUAUAAAGAGUUGUUGUAGAGGAUGUUUCUAUGGUGAACCAGAAAAGCACAGCUUUUCUGGAGAAAGAGACUUGAAAGCCGCAGUUUCAGACAGUCAAAGAACUACCAUCUGUACACCUCCGUUGACUUCUGUGUCUGUAAAGCCUCAGAUUGGCUGUACUGAAGAUUAUUUGCUUUCCAAAUUACCGUCUGAUGGCAAAGAAGUACCCUUUGUAGUGCCUAAGUUUAAGUUAUCUUACAUUCAACCCAGGACACAAGGAACUCUUUCACAUCUAGAAGGCCUUGAAGGAUCUGCCAGGGCGUCCUUUGGAGACCGAAAGGUAGAGCUUUCCAGUUCGUGUCAGCAUGGCACUUAUGAUGUAUACAACCCAUUCUACAUGUAUCAGCACGUGUCACCAGAUCUGAGUCGGCGCUUUCCUCCCCACUCAGAAGCCAAGAGAAUGUAUGGAUCAGUUUGUGAUUUAAGGGCCAACAAACUUCCUAGUCCCUCUGGGCUAAGCAGAUCUAUGUUUGAUCUUACAAGUUCUUCUCAACGAUUUCUUCAGAGACAUGAUUCAUUAUCCAGUGUACCCAGUAGUUCUUCUUCAAGGAAGAAUUCUCAAGGCAGUAACAGAAGCCUAGAUACAAUUACUCUGUCAGGAGAUGAAAGAGAUCUGGGGAGACUGAGUGUGAGAUUGUUUUAUAAUUCUUCAGUGGAGCAGAUAUGGAUCACAGUGUUACAGUGCAGAGAUUUAAGUUGGCCUUCUAGUUGUGGAGAUGCCCCGACUGUUUCUGUAAAAGGAACACUAACAUUACCCAAACCAGUGCAUUUCAAGUCUUCAGUCAAGCAAGGGUCACAUGCUAUUGAAUUUAUGGAAACUUUUGUAUUUGCUAUUAAACUCCAAAGUCUCCAAACUGUAAGACUUGUAUUUAAGAUUCAGACUCAGACUCCUAGGAAGAAAACCAUUGGAGAAUGCUCACUGUCACUCAGAACUCUUAAUACACAGGAAAUGGAUUACUCAUUGGAUAUAAUACCACCUUCAAAAGUUUCUGUUUGCCAUGCAGAACUUCAACUGGGGACUUGUUUUCAAGCAGUAAAUAGCAGGAUUCAGUUGCAAAUUCUUGAGGCACAGUACCUUCCCAGCUCAUCCACUCCUCUAACUUUGAGUUUUUUUGUGAAAGUGGGAAUGUUUAGCUCUGGAGAGUUGAUUUAUAAGAAGAAAACACGCUUACUGAAGGCCUCUAGUGGAAGAGUAAAAUGGGGAGAAACUAUGAUUUUUCCACUUAUACAGAAUGAAAAAGACAUUGUUUUUCUCAUUAAGCUUUAUAGUCGAAGCUCUGUAAGAAGAAAACACUUUGUGGGUCAGAUUUGGAUAAGUGAAGACAGUAAUAACAUUGAAGCUGUGAACCAGUGGAAAGAAACAAUUAUAAAUCCUGAAAAGGUUGUUAUCAAGUGGCACAAGUUAAAUCCAUCCUGAAGAUUUCAUAUAUUAAUGUGGUGAAGAAUUUGACAUUCUUUUAGAAGACAUGGUUUCAGUUUGCUACCAAUAAGAAGAGACAUUUCAAUACAUUUGUUCAAUUUAUUUAUGAAGGACAUAAUUGUAGUAUAUAAUGGAUCUGACAGACGCUAUAUAAAAAGCAUAAUAAAUUUUAUCAGAUAGCCAAAGUGAAGAAAAUGUUUUCAAACGGUGCAGAAACAGACAAUAAAAUAAAAAGGGUAGUGUUAGGUAAACUAAAUUAUAAAACCUGUGAGAAUGUCAAUCACAGAUAAUUAUUUCUCCACUUGCUUUCGCUUUUGUUUUUUAAGCUUUACCUAAGUACUGAAAACCUAGUGUAUCAAGUCUGUUAGUGUUAUCAGACUCUUAGAAGAUUUCACAGCUAUUUCAGUGCUAGGCAUUGUGGAGUAGAUCUUGGCUCCACUGUUUACUUCUUGCUAUAUUUUUUCCUCUCAGCAAAAAUGAAUUGAACCUUUUCAACUAUCUUCUCUAUUUGGGGAAGUUUUGUGCUAUGUGUUUAUAAUUUUUUUAUUUAUAGGCAUUAUUUUGCCACUUGGUAAGCUAUUUAUCACCAAGUAACUUCAGGAAUAGAAAACUGCAUUUUGGCAAGCAUAAAUGAAAACAUCAGAAGGUUGAAGCUUAAUUAGAGACCUGGAAUACACACAUGUUGUUUUCUUCCCUCAAAUAUUUUUUGUCUUAUUUGGAGUUGAAAUAAGAGUAUAAUCCAUAUGGUCUCUCCUACUUAGCAUAAGUAAAUGAGCUUAAGUGGCAAGUUCAAUAUUUUGUGAUAAUCACUUCCUUGUUUGUAGUUUUUAACAUGUAAAUGACUUGUUCUGUAAUCCAUAUUAGAUUAUUUCCCACACUGUCUCCAUAACCAUACGCCCAGACACUGUGUAACAAAUAUUUUCUUUUGCAGUCUUCUUUCAGGUACUUACUAGUCCUCAGCUUAACUGACCAUAAAAAGUGGGGCCAAAAAGAAUAUUUUUGCUAAUAAGCAGACCAGGUACUCCGAGUUCUCAGUCUUCUGCUUUUCUUUCUUUCUUAGUCCCAUCCCUGCUAAGAGAUGGUGAUAUUUUAAGCCAGAAAUAUACCUUGUUAUAAGCAUACUUUUUCAUUUCCUAUGUUCUGUGUCUUUCAUUAAAAAUUUCCCAAAUAAACCCAUAAGUAUCUUUUUUCCUAGGUACCAUCUCCUCAAGCUACAAAAUGUGCAUAUUUUACACCCCCUUUG